UCAAAAGUUGUGUUGUUCUCUGUGGGUGUUUUCAUGGAUCAUAAAUGUUAUUUAUAUUUAAAUCACAGUAGGAAAAGGGCAUAUUAGCAUUAAAACGUGUAUUUUUACUAACUUAUACUUCAAUUAUCAUUAUUUCAUUAUGUCUGUUAUAGCUUUGACUGGGGUACCCAAGAACUUGAAAAUAAACCAAGUAUUGAAGCCUUUGAAAUCCUCAAUAAAAGGUCACUUUGAGGCAAUGAAUGUCACAAAUAAUAAGAAUAAAAAUGACAGAACUGCAUUUCUACGCCUGUCUGAAAAGUUAGAUCCUGUUGAAGUGGUGGAAAUAAUUAACUCCAGAAAUACAGGGUCUCUCCGUGCUUAUAUACCUAAGGAAAUUCCAGAUUUCCCAAUAUCUUACCAGAAUGUGGAGAAAAUGUCACCAUUUAAGCUGUUGACAAUUUCAAUAGGUGCUAUACUACAAGAGAUGCAGUCCAAGUACGGGGGUCUUUACGACCUGAGCAACUGCACAGCGCAUAAGUUGAUACAGGACAUUGCAAAGACACUGUACAAGCGUUUACGUAUAAUCCUGGAACAAGAUGGGGCAGAAAUAGACGGCUGCCUGAGGCUUACCAAAACAUACCGUAAAAGGCAUCCGCAUUUCGCUGACUUCCAACUGAUACUGUCAACUCUACAUAGUAUUCAGGAUGCGGAGGAGAAGCCACGUGACCAGAUACAUGAGUGCGACUUGCUGGCAUUCGCUGUACAUUCAUAUGUUAUCGACAGCAUACCGUUCGAGAAGGUGCAGGUUGCCUAUCUCAAGUAUUUGGACAAAAUAACUGCCACGGUAAUGGAACAUGUCACAAAUCUGGAUAUGACGCCAAAAAACACUUCGCCGGAAGAGAUCGCGAGAAUCAAAAUCCGAGAACAACUAAAAACAUUAAUACCAUAUUUGCCCGCCUGUGUCAAACACGCAACCGAGCAUCAUUUCGUACCAGAGGAGGCGAAUGUCCAUAUCGUCCACCUGUACGGCGAGCCGGCGCUGCCAAGCAAAGAAUCGCUACUUCCGUUUUUCAAGAGACACAAAGUCAUGUCGACCACGCGUUCCGACUGCAUGUACAACUUGAUAAUGUUGGAGGUGCCUAAAAGCAAAUACCUGGGUGUGUUAGGUGCAGAUGGCACUCUUGUUGGUUCCAUCAAAUUAGUGAUCAGGCCGUCCAACUUGCCAUGCUACAAAAUGUCAGAAUCUUCCAUCAGGAGCAUACAAUCCUCUUACCAUAAGCAAACAAUGGCAGACGACGUCGGCGGAGAGGACGAGUGGUUUUCGGGGACUUAUUAUUAAAUUUUUGCUUUCCACAGUCAAUGUAGGCAGGAGACAAAAAAAUAAUUCCGCGAUUUUAUCAACUGACAAGGGGUAAAAGGGAGUAGGGGAGUAGGGGUGGAGAGGAUUUUUUUAAUUCUCAAUUUAAAUAAAUAUACUACCACAAUACACACAUCGCCAUAUAGC